AUGGAUUAGCAAGCGAUGACUAAUGCCCUUGGAAAUUUAAGUAUAAUAUUAUUUUUCUAUUAAAAGAGCGGCAGAGUGAGAAUCGUUAGCAAUAGAAACAACAAGCUAAUAUUCCAGAUUAACAAACUGAGAGUAAUAUUUAUAAUGAUGAUUUUGAUGGCGAUGGUGAUGAUGCUAUUCUUAAUGUUAUAAAAAGUAAUGGGUUAACUUUUGUUUAGCUGCCCAGGAUUAAAAAUCUAAACCAUAACCAUAAUCAUAAUAGUAAAAAAGACCUGAAUCUUCUAAUAAAAGAAUUGCCUCUAUGCCUAAGAAGAAACCUUAUUAAUUUAAUAAAUUGAAUGAUGGAGAGAAAGAGAAAUUAUUCUUAGAUGUUUAUGAUGAGAAUAUAAAGUUAAAAGAAAAUUAAGUAAAAUUUGAAAAAAUGUAUGUGACUAUGGAAGUUAAAUUAUAAUAAAUGUAAAAAUUCAUGGGUAAUAAAACUGUUGGUGCUGUUGAAAUUGGUGAGUAAAAUAAUUAAUUAGUAUCAAAAGUAAAUAAUUUAGAAACUGAAAAUGAAAAAUUAAAAUAAAAGAUAUAAGCUAUUUCUUAAGCAUAAAGAGUUGUUGUUGCACAUUAACCUAUGAAAAAAAAGAAAUUAGUAUAAGCAGAUAGACCAGAUAUUGAAUAAACUGGAAUAAGAGGUGGUUAAUUUGUAGAUUAAUAAAAUCAAAUAAAAUAAUUGUUAGAUUUAAAUGAUAAAUUAAAGAAACGAUUACUUGAAUAAGAAGCAUAAUUUAGAUAACUUUAAGCAAUGAUGAAUUCUAAAAUUGUUAAUCAAUAGGAAUUAAGUUAGAAAAAUGCUUAAUUUGUAACACUUUAAGAAAGAUGCAAUAAAUUAGAAUCUAAUUUAAAUGGUAUGAGAACAUAAUUAGAUGAUGAACGUAAAAGAUAGAGUGAAAUUAUGAUGCUUUUAAGAGAAGAAAAAGAAAAGAAUCAUUUAUUGGAAGGAUAAGUUAGAUCUAUGGAGUUGGCAUAAAAAAGUGUAGUUGAUUUAUAAGCAGAUUUGUAAGAAGCAAGAAGAUAAAAAAAGGAGAUUGAAGAAAGAUUAGCAAUUUUAAUGGAAUCACCAUUUUUUAAGGAAUAUAAUGAAAGAGCUACUAUAUAAGCUAAAAUGAAAGCUAUGGAAUAAGAAUAAAUAAGGAAUANUGACUAAUGCCCUUGGAAAUUUAAGUAUAAUAUUAUUUUUCUAUUAAAAGAGCGGCAGAGUGAGAAUCGUUAGCAAUAGAAACAACAAGCUAAUAUUCCAGAUUAACAAACUGAGAGUAAUAUUUAUAAUGAUGAUUUUGAUGGCGAUGGUGAUGAUGCUAUUCUUAAUGUUAUAAAAAGUAAUGGGUUAACUUUUGUUUAGCUGCCCAGGAUUAAAAAUCUAAACCAUAACCAUAAUCAUAAUAGUAAAAAAGACCUGAAUCUUCUAAUAAAAGAAUUGCCUCUAUGCCUAAGAAGAAACCUUAUUAAUUUAAUAAAUUGAAUGAUGGAGAGAAAGAGAAAUUAUUCUUAGAUGUUUAUGAUGAGAAUAUAAAGUUAAAAGAAAAUUAAGUAAAAUUUGAAAAAAUGUAUGUGACUAUGGAAGUUAAAUUAUAAUAAAUGUAAAAAUUCAUGGGUAAUAAAACUGUUGGUGCUGUUGAAAUUGGUGAGUAAAAUAAUUAAUUAGUAUCAAAAGUAAAUAAUUUAGAAACUGAAAAUGAAAAAUUAAAAUAAAAGAUAUAAGCUAUUUCUUAAGCAUAAAGAGUUGUUGUUGCACAUUAACCUAUGAAAAAAAAGAAAUUAGUAUAAGCAGAUAGACCAGAUAUUGAAUAAACUGGAAUAAGAGGUGGUUAAUUUGUAGAUUAAUAAAAUCAAAUAAAAUAAUUGUUAGAUUUAAAUGAUAAAUUAAAGAAACGAUUACUUGAAUAAGAAGCAUAAUUUAGAUAACUUUAAGCAAUGAUGAAUUCUAAAAUUGUUAAUCAAUAAGAAUUAAGUUAAAAAAAUGCUUAAUUUGUAACACUUUAAGAAAGAUGCAAUAAAUUAGAAUCUAAUUUAAAUGGUAUGAGAACAUAAUUAGAUGAUGAACGUAAAAGAUAGAGUGAAAUUAUGAUGCUUUUAAGAGAAGAAAAAGAAAAGAAUCAUUUAUUGGAAGGAUAAGUUAGAUCUAUGGAGUUGGCAUAAAAAAGUGUAGUUGAUUUAUAAGCAGAUUUGUAAGAAGCAAGAAGAUAAAAAAAGGAGAUUGAAGAAAGAUUAGCAAUUUUAAUGGAAUCACCAUUUUUUAAGGAAUAUAAUGAAAGAGCUACUAUAUAAGCUAAAAUGAAAGCUAUGGAAUAAGAAUAAAUAAGGAAUACUACAGAUUUAAAGAAUUUAAGAGAAACUAAUGCUAAGUUAGAAACAGAAAAUAGAUUGAAAAGAGAAGAUAUUGAAAAUCUUAAAAAAGAAUUAAAAUUAUUAUAAGAGAGAAAUUAAGAAUUAAAUAUAAAGAUGGCUGAAAAAGAUUAGUAAUUACUUCCAUUUAAAGAUUUAAAUUAUUGGGAUAAUGAUUAAUUUUUAAAAGUGUUAGGUAAUCUAAAAUGGACUGGAGAAGAUCCUGCUUGGAGAAAAAUAGAAUUUAUAGAUCGUACUUAUAUGGAUUCUGAUGAUCCUGUUUAUUUAAGAAAAGAGAUUGAACAUUUAAAACUUGAAAAAGGAGAAUUGGCUGCACAUUUAGAAAAAACAUAAACAUUACUAAAGAAUUAAUAAGAUAUAUAAAUGGAAAAAGAUAAAAUGCAUUAGACAUAAAUAGAAUAAUUAAAAUUGGAAUUAAAGGUUGCAAAUGAAAAAGCAUAUGAAUAUGCAAAAAUAGCUGAUCUUAAAACUUAGGCUAGAUAAUAAUAAACAUUGUAUGAAGCUGAGGGAAUCAAAUAUGAUGAUUCUAUAUCUGUAUUCUCAGUUGACAAAGAUGAAAUGUUAUCUCCAGGAGAGAAUUUCUUUGAUUUAUGGAUUGGAAAAGGAGAGUAUUAACCUGCUGAAUUAGUAUCUUCAUAUAAGACUUCUACUCAAUUAAAUUUGGAUCUUGGAAGUCUAUUAACAUUUGUUACAAUUGAUUUCUAUGAUCAUGAAACACAACAUACAAGUGUAUCAGAAGGAACAUCAUGUUUUUAUAAUUUAUAAAUAAGUUUUAAAGUUGAUGCUGAUGCUAAUUUUAUUUAAUAUCUUGAAAGCAAUUAUUUAAAAUUAGAACUUUAUGUUAGUUAAGGUAGUGAACCUACAAAGAUUGGAUCAGGAUUAAUUUAAUUGAAAGAUUUAGUUUAUGAGAAUAAAAAUGAUACUAUCAGUAAAGUUAUUAGUGGAUCUCUUACUUUUCAUGGAAUCAAUAAUUAAAUGAUAGGAAUAGUUGAAUUUAAAGCAAGAAUGAGAUUUCCAAUUUCAAAUUUUAUACGUUUAUUAAAAGAAAGAAAUUAAUUAUAGAUGUAAGAAUUUGAUGAUGCUGAAGAGAUAGUUGCAGUAAGAAAAAGAAAACUUGUAAUAUGUAUUGAAAAGGGUACAUCUCUACCUUCUAAAUCUAAUUGUUUCAUUUAUUAUAAUUUUGAUACUAAAGAUUUUCAUACAAAUACUUAAAUGGGAUCUAAUCCAAAAUGGGAUUAUAGAAUGGUUCAUGAUAUUGUAUAUAAUGAAAUGGUAGUCAAUUAAUUUAAUAGAAUGCCUUUAGAAUUAUAUAUAAUUGAUGAUAAUCAACCUUUAGUAGAAGGAUCAAAUGAUAAAGUGGGAUUCUGUUUAAUUGAUUUAUCUCCUUUAGUUAAAAAUCAAAUGAUUGAUUUAGCAGCAGAAGUCAAAAAUGAUGAUGGAGAUAAAGUAGCAUCAGUUUAUGUUAAAAUCUUUUGGUAUGACGUAAAGGAUGAAGAUACAUUAAAUUAAUAGAGAUCUAUGAUUGCAGAAUCUUGGGAAGAAAAUAUUACUCAUAAAAUAAGUUCAGAAAUGAGAUCUAGAGGAUUAUUGGGCAUUACUGCUUUUAGAGUAUUUGAUAAGGAUUAAGAUUAAAUUAUCACUUUUGAAGAUUUUGCUAAUGGUUUAAAGAAUGUCUUAAGUAUCAAAAUGAAUCCUUAAGAAAUGUAAGUUUAUUAUUCUAAAUUACCAUAACCAUUAAAUUAAUAGAAAUUCUAAGAGUUUUUCCGUUUGUAAUCUAAUGAGAGUGUUAUGUAUGAAGCAGGAUUUAAAUCAUAAUAUCAAACUUAAGAAUUAUCAUCAAUAAAUUAAUUAAUGUAAUAAAACACUAUGUAAUUNAACCUGCUGAAUUAGUAUCUUCAUAUAAGACUUCUACUCAAUUAAAUUUGGAUCUUGGAAGUCUAUUGACAUUUGUUACAAUUGAUUUCUAUGAUCAUGAAACACAACAUACAAGUGUAUCAGAAGGAACAUCAUGUUUUUAUAAUUUAUAAAUAAGUUUUAAAGUUGAUGCUGAUGCUAAUUUUAUUUAAUAUCUUGAAAGCAAUUAUUUAAAAUUAGAACUUUAUGUUAGUUAAGGUAGUGAACCUACAAAGAUUGGAUCAGGAUUAAUUUAAUUGAAAGAUUUAGUUUAUGAGAAUAAAAAUGAUACUAUCAGUAAAGUUAUUAGUGGAUCUCUUACUUUUCAUGGAAUCAAUAAUUAAAUGAUAGGAAUAGUUGAAUUUAAAGCAAGAAUGAGAUUUCCAAUUUCAAAUUUUAUACGUUUAUUAAAAGAAAGAAAUUAAUUAUAGAUGUAAGAAUUUGAUGAUGCUGAAGAGAUAGUUGCAGUAAGAAAAAGAAAACUUGUAAUAUGUAUUGAAAAAGGUACAUCUCUUCCUUCUAAAUCUAAUUGUUUCAUUUAUUAUAAUUUUGAUACUAAAGAUUUUCAUACAAAUACUUAAAUGGGAUCUAAUCCAAAAUGGGAUUAUAGAAUGGUUCAUGAUAUUGUAUAUAAUGAAAUGGUAGUCAAUUAAUUUAAUAGAAUGCCUUUAGAAUUAUAUAUCAUUGAUGAUAAUCAACCUUUAGUAGAAGGAUCAAAUGAUAAAGUGGGAUUCUGUUUAAUUGAUUUAUCUCCUUUAGUUAAAAAUCAAAUGAUUGAUUUAGCAGCAGAAGUCAAAAAUGAUGAUGGAGAUAAAGUAGCAUCAGUUUAUGUUAAAAUCUUUUGGUAUGACAUAAAGGAUGAAGAUACAUUAAAUUAAUAGAGAUCUAUGAUUGCAGAAUCUUGGGAAGAAAAUAUUACUCAUAAAAUAAGUUCAGAAAUGAGAUCUAGAGGAUUAUUGGGCAUUACUGCUUUUAGAGUAUUUGAUAAAGAUUAAGAUUAAAUUAUCACUUUUGAAGAUUUUGCUAAUGGUUUAAAGAAUGUAUUAAAUAUUAAAAUGAAUCCUUAAGAAAUGUAAGUUUAUUAUUCUAAAUUACCAUAACCAUUAAAUCAAUAAAAAUUUUAAGAGUUUUUCCGUUUGUAAUCUAAUGAGAGUAUUAUGUAUGAAGCAGGAUUUAAAUCAUAAUAUCAAACAUAAGAUUUGUCAUCAAUAAAUUAAUUAAUGUAAUAAAACACUAUGUAAUUGUAAAGAACUUAAUUAGAAUAGAUUCAUAAUUCUAUUUAUGAUUUAUUGAAAAGAAAACUGUCUUAUGGUAAAUCAAUUUAAGAAUUAUUUAUGGAAAUUGACUCUGUUAAACCUGAUGGACAAUUAACUAUUGAUGAAUUACAAAAAUAUUUCUAAUAAAAUAGUUUACUGAUACCAAUUGCUUAAUUAAGAGAUUUUCUAAAAUUUUAUAUGGAUAUUAAUAAUGAUCAAUUAAUAAAUUUUAGGGAAUUUACAAAUUUCUUUAAAUUGAUUCCCACUUCAUAAUAAUAAUAAGUAUAUUCACAAGCUUCUUUUCAAUAAAUCAAUAAUUAAAGAGUAUAGUCUAAUUUUCCAAGUAUAUAAGAUACUUAAAUAUCUCAAUCUCCAAUUGAUAUAGCAAUUACAGCAAUUCUUAAUUAUGGUUAAGCAAGAUAAUGGACUUUAAUGUAGGUUAGAGAAUUCAUGGAUGAAAACAGAAAUAGUUUUAUUGAAGCAAAUGAAAUGAAAAAGUUUCUUUUAUAAUUUGGAGUUCAUAAAAAUUUACAAAAUGGUGAUGAUGAUAUAAGAUAAAUUAUAGCAUUUUUUGAUAUCAAUCAUGAUGGAAGAAUUUCCAUUUCUGAAUUUGCAGAUACAUUAAAUAUGUAUAAUAAUAGAUUAUAGAUUAUUAAAGUAUAACCAACUCAAUAAAAUAUUUAAAAUUAUGUUAUUAGUUAUCUUAUUACUUAUAUGAGAAAGAAUAGGAAGACUAUUCCAGAAUUAUUUAAUGAUAUUGAUUAAGAUGGAAAUGGUUAUUUAUCAAAAGUGGAAUUAAAAGGCAUAUUUAAAAAUAAAAUUGUAAUCUAGUUUUAUCUAUAUAUUAGUUGGUACCUGUAGAUGAUUUCGAAUUAAAUGAGUUAUUUAUGGAAUUUGAUAAAAAUAGAGAUGGCAAUAUUAGUAUAUCAGAAUUUUUACAAAUUGUAAAACCUGCACUUGAUUAAGAUAAAAAUGAGCAUUAAUUUAAUUAAUAAGCAAUUGAUAAAGAAAAGGUUGCUCGAAAAGCAGAAGAAAUAUGUUUUAAAAAUGCUCGAGUUCUUCAAUAAGCAUUUCAAUCUAAAGCUCAAAAGCCUGGUUAUGUAACUGAGACAUAGUUCAAAUAAACUCUUAGAGAAUAGAAAGUUGGAUUCACUCCAAAUGAAAUUGAUGAUUUAACAGUAAAUUUAUUAAAUUUUAACUUUUAGUUAUAUGUGGUUUAACCAGAAAAUGGAAUGAUAAAUUACAAUUAAUUUUUAGAUCUUGGAAAAUUAAGAGGUGCAUAACAAUCUGAUAUAUUUGGCUAAACUAGUAGAUCAGGCUUUGGUUCUUUAAGUCAAAUAGAAUAGGAGAGAGCCAUAGGUAAAGCUAAAGAAGUAUUCAAUAAUAUAUUAUAUUAGGUUUUCAAUAGAAUAUCAAGAGCUGUUAAAAAUAAAUAUACUCCUUAACAACUUUUUGCAACUUUUGAUAAGGAUUCAAAUGGGAAAAUUAAUAAAGCAGAAUUAGCAGAAGUAUUCUCAAAGAUGAGAAUUAGAAAUCUUGAUAAAGAUGAUGUUGAACUAAUCUUUAAAGCAUUAGACAGAGAUGAGGAUGGAUCUAUUGAUGUUAAGGAAUUCAUCAAAUACCUAGAAUGA